AUGACCACGCUGAUGUGGCAAGACUACAUAGAGAGACUAAAACAACCUAUAGUCAGGAACAAGAAUGAGAUGAGAGUUAAAGUCAAAGACAGAGAUCAGUGGGCGAGGUGGACUGAGGAUGUAGCAAAGUUACAGAAUCAACCCAGCAAAAAGAUUCUACUUCGGCUGCUAGAGCGAGGGCCUUUCCUAUUUCCUGGUGGAAGAGACGUCGAAGAUAGUGUCACAGUGCAACGAAACCGGACAGGUAGCCGAUGGGUUGGCUGGAGAAACGAAUCCCAGCAAGGUGAAUACCUGGAGAUUCUCUUUCAGUUCGACGACAUUAGGAAGUUCACUGCAAUGCACCUCUAUACCAAUCACUUUGUCGGGAUGGAAGUUGAGGUGAGAAAAUCUUUAGCAAUUUUAUUUUAA